AUGCUGAAGUUGGAUGGGGAAGACCAGUUUUGUGCGGCGUUGGAGGAUGACGUUGCCGGUUCUAUCGAAAAUGCCAAGAUCGAAAAAUCUAAUCGUAUAGAUGGAACAUCGGAUAGCCGAUUGUCUCUUCUUCAGAGCAUCAUCAAGAAUAGUAAUACGAUCGUCAUCGUUAUCACCGUUACACAUUAUUCCAUGUUGCUCCAAGAACAGAAGGACGCGCAGUCCACGCCCCAAGAGACAGGAGCAGACUCUGAGGCAGGACCAGCACCACGUGAAGAGGACAUUGUUGACGAACCGCUACACACCCCGCCACCACAUAGAUUCCCCUCGCAAGAUCAAACAUCACAGCAAAGCCCUUUAUCACCGGAAGAAAUCGAAAUCGCAAGGCCAGAAGAUCUUUCCCACGUUGGAGGAGGACUCGACUCAGUACACUCAUCAGAAGAGCAACUAGAGCCACCGUACGAAUCCCUCUCUGAAGAAUCGGACGACGAUAGUGACGAGGAAUCAAACAUGGCAAACGCAAUGAAAGUCCCGGCGUUCUCAGGAGAGCCAACGGAGAACAUCGAAGUCUCAAUUAUGGCUGCGCGAAUUGCAGCAGAAAGCCUUGGCAAACGAUGGGGACCAGACACCACAGCCACAGACAAGAUGUUUGCGCGGGUUAUGAUGUUACAAGGUGCCCUCAAAGGAGCGGCGGCAACAUUUGGCUCAGACUUAUUAAACAGGAUACCCGAAAUAUCUUUCGACAAAUUCUGUCAAGAUCUCCGAAGUCGUUUCCCGCCAAUCCCAAGAAAGAUUGUCGAAAAGGACGCAAGACAGAAAGCGAUGACAAUGUCACAAGACAAAGGAGAGAAGGUUCAAGACUACCUUAGUCGAGCUCAAACCCUUUCGGCACACCUGACAGACUGGGAAAAGCAGGAAUAUCUCGGGGAUCAACUCAUUGAGGGCCUUAGCCAUGACCCCCUCAGAUUCGCUGUUCGAAGCGGGAUCAAUGCCGAGAAGAAAUCCAACCCGGACCUUACUGUCGACCUGCCAUUUAUAGUCAACUUUAUCACAAGCACUUUGGAUCUAAAGGACGCAACCCCGUCAGUAACAAAAGGGACCAAGAAGGAAAUUACUUGGCAAACCAUUGGCGCAGGUGCUACGGGUUUGAAUUCCGACGAAGACAAACUUGACACACUUAUCAAAGGGAUGAACGAGUUACGGCACAGCAAUCGGUACUGGCUGAGAACCAGCGAAUUAUGUCACAACCUCGUCCGCGGCCCCAAGGACCUCCUCGUCAAGGCUUUAAUGCGACCACCUACAUGGGAACAGCGCGAGUCAAACCGUCAAAAGGACCUCGACCAGAGAAACGCCUCAACCCAAGGACCUUCAGCAAAUGCAGCCACACCUGAUAGCCAAUAUGUCCACCCGUCCCGAAGACAAUUGAUGUCAACCGCACACCAUUCGGAGGAUGAACCACCACAGGAUGUUGCCCGUGGAUGGCAAAAGUACGAUCUGCCACUCUGUAUGGUAGACGGUGGAGCCUCGAUCAACAUCAUGUCUGAGGCAACCUGUCGCCAACUAGGCCUGGAAGUCGUCCAGCAGGAGAUGCUUGGCAUUAAGACAGCUAACAACACUUCCGAGCCAUGCUCGGGAUUUGUCCAGUUUGUCAUAAACACCUCAGGUGUGACACAAAAGAUAUCGGUGUAA